CGGACGGAACUUUCAGUUUCGGCCAUCCGAAAUUUCGGAGCGCUUUCUCUUAAUUUUAAAACGAGAACCUUCGAACCCUUUCCCGGCAAAUCUUCGCAAAUAUAAAUACUCUGUUCACAGUACGUCCUUCCUCUCUCUAAAACAUUUUUUUCUCUCUCUAAAAACUUCAGCCAUGGAAGCAGUUUCAGACACAGUCUUCUACUCCAUCUUCCCUGAUCCAGCCCUAACCCUAUCUGAAUCCUCCUUAGAAGACCUCAAGCUCCAAAUCCUCCACUUUCUCUCUCCAUCUCUAGCGCAAUACAUAUGGCAACACCAGCCUUUCAACCUCAACGUCUCCUCGUCUCGCUCUAGCUGCCCUUGCAUCCCCAAAAGUAACCCUAAUUCUCCGCGAGUUCCUCACCUCCAUGGCCGAAUUCGCUAUGAUGACAACCUGGAAGACGAGUGGUUCGUGGUCUUCCUCCUAUUCGAAAUCAGCAGAAACUUCAACGAUGUCUCUAUUCGAGCUUGGGAUACAGAUGGUGAGUUUCUCUUGAUUGAAACGGCUUUUUAUCUUCCUCGAUGGAUCAAACCAGAGAAUAGCCAUAACCGAGUGUUUAUUAGGCGAGGUGAGCUUCACAUAAUCCCCCUGGUUACAAACCCUAACUCGAAAAAUUCCUUAUGUUCUGCGUUUCAAAACCCUAUUUUGGAUAAUUCGUUAGGGUUAAGAUUUGCAUUGGAAGUUAUUUCGAAAGGAACCAUUAAAACUAGAGCUUCAGAUGAGGUUCAGGAAGCCCUGAACCGUCAAAUUAGGGAUUAUCCUAAAAAAGCCCUAGAAAACAUGCACACUGUGCAGUGUAGGGUGCCAUUAUCGGUGGCUCAAGUUUUGAAGCAUGAGCCAUGCUUGAUUUCUUUAGCAGUCGGGGCCUUCUAUGAUCGAGACAUUGAUUCUAUGAAGUUUGCGUCAAAGAUGGCUAAGUUUUUAGGAAAUGGGGAAAUGGUCGAUGUGAGUUUAAGGAUGUCUAGGGCUAUGUAUGCACAACUUAUGGGCCAAAAUUUUGCUAACCCCAAAACUUAUCCAAUGCCUACUAGGUCUGAAGGUCUAGUGUUUAAAGGGGCAGAGUUUGGUAUGAAAAUCGCAUGUGGGUUCGAGAUGAUGUAUCAGCAAAGGCAAGGUUUUGAAGAAGAGGGUGAAACUAAUGGUGGUUUUGUAGGGGAGGGGAAAAAUGAGACUAAUUUUAUGGGGGUCCUUUCUAAGGGGAGAAGUGGCGGUGAUGGGUGGGAGGUGUUUAAGAAGAGCUUGGAAAGUCGGGGGUAUUUCAAGGGUCUUUUGCCUGGGUCCAAGGAGUACCAUCGGCUUAUGGAUGAGGCUUUUGAACACUACAAGAACACUGAACUAUAUUCCAGAUCUAGUGCUGUGAUGCUGGCUCCAGUAAAACGAAUUGAUGAGAUUCUCUCAUUGCCUUAUUUUAUUGAUGAAUUUACUGGUCUGGACCUUCCUCCAUCUGAUGAUGAUGCUUGGCUUUACAAUGGUGAGGCUGAGUUGAAUUCUGCCAUGCUAGAAAGACAGAAAGAAAUAGUUCUGUAUGAAUCAAAAAGACAAAAGCACCAAAAGGCAAAAGAACAAGUCAAUAACUGUGCAUCAUCUUCACAGACAACUGGUUUUAAUCUUGGUGAUGUAGCAACUAGCAUGCAAGCAUUUGUGGAUAAGGUCUCGAGCUAUGAGGGAGCUGAGGUUCCUACAAAUAGGGAAUCAAAAGAUGUGGAAUUCAAUGUGGACCAGUUCAUCAAAGAAAUGGAAUCAGUAUUAAGAAAUGGACAGCAAGAAGGCUCAGCUGGUGGCGAGUAUUCUGAAGGAAGCUAUACUUCCUCAGAUAUGGAUUUUGAUGAGUUAGAUGAUGGUGAAAGCUCAGAUAGUCCAUGUGAACAGCAAAGCUCUGGGGAUACCUUUAUGCAUUCUUAUACAGAUGCCUUGAAUGCGGAGUUGAAGACAACCACUCUAGGGCAAAGCUUUGUUCGUGCAGAUAAUGAGGAAUGGUGGGUACAUGUAAAAAGUAGUGCUCGACUUAUUGCUACCCAACCGACUCUAGUUCAACUGGGUAUGGCAAGUGCCUCGGGGGAUGCCAAUGGGGAUGACGAUUUCACCCCCGUUGACAUUGAUGUGAACCUGGUGCAAAGCCUUCUCGAAUCCUUCUCUUCUCAACAAGGCCUCCCAGGACCCACAUCCAACUUGCUCGGACUUAUGGGUUUACAGCUCCCUCGUGAUUCAAGAGAAAAGAAGUGAAUUAAAUGGAUACCUCUCACCUUGGUGUGGUUCUUUUGGAGGUAAUCCUCAAAUUUUAGAAUUACACUUGUAUCAAAGUACUGGUGCUUUAUGUUGUGAAGUGCAGCAUCAUUAGGAAGCUUGGAGAAAUAGUGCUCUUGGUAGCCGACCCCAAUUAAUUGGAAAAUGAUUUUGACGAUGAUAGUAGAUGAAAAUUCCAUCAGUAUUGUAUAAAUCACUUCAGUUUGUUAACUUUAUUUUCGGUAUCGUAUAUAUAUCCCUUCCUGGGAACUUGUACUUUCAAUGAAAAACAAACCAUGAGAAUGCAGUGAGUUUUGGUA